AUGCCCUCUCCAUCGGGCUCAUCCCCGGACCCUGGACGAUCCGAGUUCAGUGAUCCACCCUGGGGCUCUGCUGGGAAGCUCCCCUUUAUCUCACUCCAGUCAAUGUGCCUCCCUCGACAUCCCGGUGGCAGCGCGGCCAACCCAUGCAGGUCUCUGCAAUUCCCCGAUUCGUCGAUCUCCAGUGGAUCUCGCGUGGGCUCGAAGCGAGGCCGCGAGAACGAGAACGAGUCCGAACUACGGCCCAAUCGCAGCCGUCAGCCUUGGCCGUUUCAUGGAUGCGGCUCCACCGGCGGGCAGCAUGGCGCCGAUUUCCUGGCAGUGCUCUCCACGUAA